ACUCGGGUGGUGUUUCUGAACGCAGUCCUUGCGACACCCAGUCACACCACGGCACACUGAAAAGUUGAGACGGUCUCAACUUUUCCCCUCCUACGUCGAGAAGUCACGAAGUCACUAGAGAACUCAUUUGCCGCUGGUUUCUAGCGUCAAUGAAAUUGCACCUUCUAAGAUAAAACAACCGCCAACACCCAUAUCACGUUGAACCUACCAGUUCUCGUCUGAUCACUGAAGUCAAGCAACGUUGAGCGCGGGUCGAGUUCCAAUGGUUCUAACCUAACCUAACGCCAAUUGACUGCCCUGGUGAGACCACGUGCUUCCGGCACAACUGAGUGCUCGUGGCGAUACACACGUCGCAACUAGUGGCUACGUUUAAUUGCAAUUUAUUUUUUGUGACUGUAUUCGACACAAACUCUCAGCAUUCAAACAAAUACUCAGCGAGUACAUUCGUUAAGGAAGAAUUCUAUGCUAGUGCAGAAACCUACGUAGGAAAAUGCCGCAGAACGAAUAUAUCGAGAGGCACCGUAAGCUCUACGGUCGCCGUCUCGAUUAUGAGGAGAGAAAGAGGAAGAGAGAGGCCCGUGCGCCUCACAAACGAGCGGAGCAAGCUCGUAGUUUGCGUGGCCUGAAGGCCAAGAUGUUCAACAAGGAGCGACGCAAUGAAAAGAUCCAGAUGAAGAAGAAGAUUAAAGCCCACGAAGAGAAGAGAGUCAAGGAGAAGUCUGACAAGCUACCGGAAGGAGCGUUGCCCGUGUACCUUCUGGACCGUGACGUUACGAAGCGAGCGAAAGUGUUGUCGAACAUGAUAAAGCAGAAGCGCAAGGAGAAGGUCGGCAAGUGGGACGUUCCGAUACCGAAGGUUCGCGCGCAGUCAGAGUCGGAGGUUUUCAAAGUGGUGAGAAGCGGCAAGACGAAGCGGAAAUCGUGGAAGCGGAUGGUGACCAAGGUGACCUUCGUCGGGGAGAACUUCACGAGGAAACCGCCCAAGUUCGAGAGAUUCAUCAGACCGAUGGCAUUGAGAUUCAAAACCGCUCACGUCACUCAUCCCGAGCUCAAGGCGACCUUCUCCCUGCCGAUCAUCGGCGUCAAGAAGAAUCCGAGCUCCUCUAUGUACACGGACCUGGGCGUUAUCACUAAGGGAACUAUUAUCGAGGUGAACAUCUCGGAAUUGGGUCUUGUGACGCAAUCGGGCAAAGUUGUGUGGGGCAAGUACGCUCAGGUCACGAAUAAUCCUGAGAAUGACGGCUGCAUCAAUUCCGUUUUACUUGUAUAAGCUUUUCAACGCUUGUAUUGUAAUCCCUAAGUUAUGAUGCUACUGAUAAUUUCUGAAAUGAUUCCUGAAUGUUGUACAUAAAACACGGUAACGUGCAGUAGUUUAUAUUUAAAAAAAAUAAAGAUAAGUUAUCUUACAUA